AUGUUGCAGCGGUGCAUUUUUAACAGAAUUCUUCAGCAGUUUCAUUUCGGGAAUCAAGAAACCGCUAAAAGUCUGCUGUCCCGGUGUCCCACUGCGCUGCUUCAUGGACACACAGCUGCUGCGCACAGGAGCUAUUCAAGUCUUCCGGGUGUGAGGGAGCGGACUCUCAUAGCUGUAAAACCAGAUGGAGUUCAGCGUCGUCUUGUUGGACAGAUCAUCCAGAGGUUUGAGCAGCGGGGCUUCAAGCUGGUUGGCCUGAAAAUGUUGCAGGUGUCCGAGGAUCUCCUGUCGCAGCACUACUGUCAACUGAGGACUAAGCCCUUCUAUCCCAGGCUGCUGCACUACAUGACCUCAGGGCCUGUGGUUGUCAUGGUGUGGGAGGGGCACAAAGUGAUCCAGGCAUCACGUACAAUGGUGGGGCAUACUAACCCAGCUGAGGCUCAGGCAGGCACUGUCAGAGGAGAUUUCAGCGUUCAUGUCAGCAGGAACGUGGUUCAUGCCAGUGAUUCAUUAGAGGGGGCACAGAGGGAGAUCCAGCUAUGGUUUCAGGGAAAGGAGCUGCUGAACUGGGACGGCUGUGACCAGACCAGCCUCUACGAGAUGUGA